AUGAUCUUCAACGGAAUGUCAACCUAUCUAUCAUCAGUGCCUCCUCAACAUAUACAAAUAUACGAUGGCCAACAUGUGGACAAAUCAGUAUUAAUUGGACCCUACAAUGAAGGUUCGGAUGUCAAUCUCUUAUGUGAAGUGAGAGGAGGUCGUCCACGGCCAAGGGUAAUAUGGUUCUUGGAAAAUACCAUAAUUGAUGAUUCCUUCGAUAUCAGAUCCGAUGGGGCAACCGUCAACCACCUGUCAUUCCCAAACGUCGGUAGACAACAUUUGCACGCAAGACUGAUCUGCCAAGCCAGCAACAAUAAUAUCGUGGAACCUGAGACGAAAGUGGCUGUACUAGAUAUUAACUUAAAACCCCAAAGUGUGAAUAUUUUAACGCAAGAAAAAUACGUGUCUGCUGAUAAAAGGUACGAAGUGGAAUGCCGGACUUCGGGAUCCAGGCCUGAUGCCAUUAUCACUUGGUGGAAGGGAAAUAGGCCUGUCAAGAGGCUCGCAAAAAACUUCUCGGAGCAGAACAAUCAGAGCCUGAGCAUUUUGACAUUCGUGCCAGUGAUCGACGACGACGGCAAAUACUUGACUUGUCGAGCGGAGAAUCCGUCCAUCUCUGACAGCGCCCUGGAGGACAAGUGGAGAUUGAACGUCUAUUAUAUGCCAAUAGUUACAUUGAGGAUGGGAAUAUCUCUCAAUCCUGAUGACAUCAAAGAAGGAGACGAUGUUUAUUUCGAAUGCUCAGUUCGUUCAAAUCCCAAAGCACACAAAUUAUCUUGGUUUCAUAAUGGAAUGGAAAUAUUUCAAAAUGUUACAGCAGGAAUCAUCAUGAGUGACCAGAGCUUGGUUUUACAGAAUGUUGCUAGAUCGACAGCAGGAGAUUACACCUGCAUGGCGGCAAAUCUGGAAGGUAAAGGAACCAGCAAUCCCGUGAAACUAAUUAUAAAAU